GUUUCAACCAAGCCCAAGAUUAGGUUUGAUCUUGCGCUGUUGCUCGUGUUGACCUAGAGGAGCCAUGACGCGGACCCGGUAGCGCCUCGGCGCGUGACCUCACAGGCUACGAAGCCUUAAAACAGGUAACAAGAGGCCACCGCAGCCAUGCGGAGGGUGUGGAGCCUCACCCUGCUGACCACGGCCGCGGCCCUAUCCUUAAGGCCCCGCGGCACGACGAAGCGCCCGGCGACGCCCGCGGUCCGGGAGAAGGAACUGAACCUGCCGCCCUUCGACCUCGGCGCGAACCUGUCCGAGACGUUGGAUGAGGCCGCCGCGCGCGCGGACGGCGCCGUGCGCGACCGGCUCGGCGCCAUGGGUAUUGAGGACGUGUCCGGGGACUGGGCGACGCGCGUCCUGGAUCUUGGGAGGCGGGCGACGCGGCUCGGCGCGCGCGAAACCGCGGCGCUCGUGGAUUUGAAGCUGAGGGAGACCGAGGCGGCGAUGCGCGAGAUCGAGGAGGGUGUCAAGGACGGCCUCGCGCCGCUGGCGCCUUUACAAUAUCGCGUCGAGGACGAUGCGGCGAAGGCUUUGGAUUUGAGCAUCGAGAUCGAGGGCGUGGACGAGCUGACCGAGGCCGUGUCCGCGGCGGCCGGCGCGCGGGCGACGGUGCCGACGAUGACGUCCCGGAGGCGGUUUAGGAGAUUUAGAGCGGCGGCGCGCACGACGGCCAUCUGGCGGACCGCGGUCGGGUUUGCGUUUCGCGUGGCACGAAAUCGGCGCAAGUUUAGUGACGCGCAGGGGCCCGAGGCCGUCGCCGCGCGGUCGAAGCUGGCGGCGGACUUCCGGGACGCGUUGUUGAGAUUGGGGCCUACUUUCAUCAAAUUCGGGCAGCUGUUGUCGACGCGCGUAGAUGUACUACCGCCAGAAGUCAUCAAGGAGCUCGCGACGCUCCAAAAUGAGGUGCCUUCGUUUAGUCCGGACCGGGCCAUCACAAUUGUCAAAGAGGAACUCGGCGUCAAGGACAUUUACGACGUCUUCGAGACGUUCGAGCGCGAACCGUUAGCCGCGGCUUCCUUAGCCCAGGUUCAUAGAGCAACACUCAAAGAGAACGGCGACGAAGUUGUGGUCAAAGUCCAGAGAGAUGGAUUACGGGAGCAGUUCGACGUGGACUGUGCGAACAUCAAGUUCCUAGCUAGGUUAGCCGAUAGGUUCGACCCCGAGAACGAGGGCGUCGCUUCGGAUUGGAAGGGCAUCGCGGACACGUCCGAAACGGUUUUGUACCGAGAAAUCGACUUCUUAGUUGAAAGGGACGCCGCCGUCAAGUUCCGAGAAGCCUUCGAAGGUAAGAACGGUCAGAAGGCCAUGGACUACGUGAAGGUGCCGCGCACGUACGACCCCUACUGCACGUCCAAGUUGUUAGUGUUGGAGUACGUGCCGGGCACGAAGAUUAACGACGUCGAGGGUCUACAGCAACUAGAUGGCGUCGAACUCCCGACGCUCUCGAGACGUUUAACGUUUAGCUACUUGGAACAGUUGUGCCGGCACGGUUUUUUUCAUUGCGACCCCCACCCGGGCAACGUGGCCGUCGACGACCAGGUGCCGGGCGGCCGGUUGAUCUACUACGACUUUGGGAUGAUGGAGACCAUUGAACGCGACGUGAAGGCGGGGUUCGUGGAUUUGGUGUAUUCGUUAUACAAGAAUGAACCCAUUAUUGCGUGCGACGCGCUCGAGACGAUGGGCGUGUUGCGACCGGGCUUGGAUCGGUUUAGCAUCGAGAGGAUCGCGAAGAACUACCUCGAUUCGUUCUGCGCCACGGUCGAAUCCAAGAACGCGAAGGGCGUCACGGGUAUCGAUGACGGCGCGGCGAAGUGGGAGACGGAGAUGACGGAGGAAGAACAAAAGGCCGCCCGGAAGGCGCGGCGGGCGCAGAUCGGCAAGGACCUCUUCGCGACGCAGGCCGAGCGGCCGUUCGUCUUCCCGCCGAAGUUCACGUUCGUCUUUCGGGCCCUGUCGACGAUUGAUGGGAUUGGCAAGUCCCUGGACGGGGGUUAUGAUUUGUCGCGGUUAAGCCAACCGUAUCUGAGGGAGUUGGCGGAUCUGCGGGACGGGAGUCGCUACGCGACGGCGUUUUCGGAACUCCUGUCGAAGGUCGGGUGGCGGCCGAAGGACGUGAAGCAGGUCGUCAUGGCGCCGCGGACCUUGGCAAGCGCGGACAAGUCCAUUAAGAGGAUUGAGGCCGGCGAUUUGAGGUUACGAGUGCGAUCGGUCGAGCUCGAGACGCAGCUCCAGAACGUGGAGACGCGGCAGCGGCUCUUCGGGGCGGCCGCCGUCGCGGUCCUCUUGGCGCAGACGUCGCUGGGGGGCGUCGCCGCGACCUACGAAGGCGCCGCGCGCGUCUGGCGGCUGGUGUUAUCGAGGGGCUGCGGCGUCGGCGCGGCGUGGGCGUCGCUCGAGGCCUUCGGGGCUUAUUGUCUGCUGCGCAAGGCGGACCAGAACAAGAAGCGCUUCGCGAACCAGCUGAAGGACUGCUAGGUUUCGCGUAAGGUCGUCUUACGCCCCCCAUGAAAAAAAC